AUGGGUCACCGUCGGCCAACAAUGCAAGCUUUACGACGGUUGAGCUGGGCACGAUAUCAAGGAACUCGGGCAUAUUCAAGUCCUGCCACGCCUCUGACUUCUCCAUUUGCUCCUCGCCACCUAUUAUCAGUUGCCGACGUCGCUCCGGCAGAGUUCAGUCGCCUAGUUCAGAAUGCUUCAUCUCACAAGAACGCAAUAAAAAGUGGUGCCACACCAGCUAGACUACAGGGAGCACUAAACGGCAAGACGGUAGCAAUGCUCUUUUCCAAACGCUCAACUAGAACGCGAGUCUCUACUGAAGGAGCAGUCGUGACCAUGGGAGGUCACCCCAUGUUCCUCGGUAAAGAUGACAUCCAGUUGGGUGUGAAUGAGAGUCUAUACGACACCUCGGUCGUCAUUUCUAGUAUGGUAUCUUGCAUUGUUGCAAGAGUCGGUCCCCACGGCGAUAUUGCCAAUCUGGCCAAACACUCGACUGUGCCAGUUAUAAAUGCGCUAUGUGAUACCUACCAUCCUAUGCAGGCAAUUGCAGACUUUCUGACGAUACAUGAGGCUUUCCCGUCUAGCAAACAAUCUGGGCUGGGAGUGCAAGGCUUGAAGAUCGCUUGGAUUGGUGACGCCAACAAUGUUCUCUUUGACAUGUGCAUAGGCGCUCGAAAACUCGGCGUUGAUGUCGCUGUAGCUACACCAAAGGGCUACGAGAUCCCAGACUCCAUGCGUGAGAUUAUCAGGCAAGCCGGUGAGGGCGUGGAAAAGCCAGGUGCCAUUUCCGAAACAAACGUGCCCGAAGAGGCAGUGAAGAAUGCCGAGAUAUUGGUGACCGACACUUGGAUAUCAAUGGGUCAAGAGUCGGAAAAGGAGAAGAGAAUAAAAGCAUUCCGUGGGUUCCAGGUCACACCCGAGCUGGCAAAGAGAGGAGGAGCCAAAGAGAGUUGGAAAUUCAUGCACUGUCUGCCUAGACACCUUGAAGAAGUGAGCGACGAGGUGUUCUAUGGCCCGAAAUCAUUGGUGUUUGCAGAAGCAGAAAACAGGUUGUGGAGUGCCAUUUCAGCUCUGGAGGCAUUUGUAGUCAACAAGGGCAGAAUUGUGUGA